CACACCCACAUUGUGUUUCACCUGUGCUUCUUUUCCUACUAGUUUUGGGGAAUUUAAAAAUUGUAGUCUGUUCUACUCAUUCUGAUGUUUGUAAGUAUAAAAACACAGUAGCUUUGGCCGCAGUGUAUAUACAGAAACAAGUAUGCCCGCCUUCUUAGUUUCUAAGUUUCUAAGACAAUUUGGCUUUGCCACAGAGAGAACACACAGACACCUUACACCACCUCAACGUGAUGCUGAUGUUCAUGGAGUGAGUGCUGGACCUGAGGGCCAUGCAGGGCGGCCACCUGGAGCUGUGCACAUCCUCUGUCUCCUCGUACCAGAUCCAGGAGAGUGUGGCCGUGGACCAGAUCAGCCAGCUGAGCAAAGACUGGGGGUGCGUGGAGCAGCUGGUGAAAGCCGCACAGCUCUUAACAGCCUCUCUGCAUCUCGCCAAAGCCCAGAUAAAGUCUGGGAAGCUGAUCCUGUCCAAGGCUGUGAAACAAGGUAUGGGGGGUGUGCGACAGUACCUGUGCCCACGCCCGUGCCCUCGCGCACUCUUCCCCUUUACACCAAGAGAGAGUUUGAUGUGGA